GGAGCGAGAUUGCCCGUUACUUUCACUGAGAGGCAGUUACCGGUGGAGAGGAUAGAGAGAGACGAGAGUGUGAAAGCCAAAAACUACAAAUUGAGCGAAAGGGGGGAAAAUGUCAAGAACAUUCAACCGGAGAAAUGAAGAGAAUGAAAGUUUUACGCUGCAGAGCCGUUUCUUCUUUUUCCGGCACGAUAUUCUCUCGCUGUUUUUAAGCCCUCUCGCGUUUGCCAGCCGUUGACAUUAAGAGGCAUGUUCAGCGGUGCCGGCUGCAUCUCCUCUUCCUUCUCCUCUUUCUCUUCAUCUUCCUCCUUCUUUUUCUCCUCCUCAUUCGCCUCCCAUCAGCAAGAAGACAAACCGAGGACAGUCUUGAAAUAUCGAAAUUUCCUCCUUGGGAUUUGCCAGAGCCGCGUUGCGCCAAGACUGUCGGAAUAAAGGACGCUGACUAUUGUGUUAUCAUUAUUUUAUUAAUUGGUCAGUGGGAAGAUUACAGAUGAGGAGAGGGGGCAUCUGUCACCCUUCCUGAGCUAAGAUUGAAAAAUGAGGCUGGAUUGGAGGAAGCUCUAAAAUAAAGCAAAAGGAAUAAGAUAUUUAAAGACAGAAAGCUACAAGAACCCCCCACGCCGCACACUUUUUUGUUUGUUUGUUUUGUUUUUAGUGUUUUUAUUUUUUAGAAUUUUUUCGUGGUAGUGGGGGACGCGAUUGGGUGGCUGACUGGCUAAGGAAAGCUGCUUCCCUUCCUUUUGGAGAUGAUUGUGCUAUUAUUCUUUGCCUUGCUCUGGAUGGUGGAAGGAGUCUUUUCCCAGCUUCACUACACGGUGCAGGAGGAGCAGGACCAUGGCACUUUCGUGGGAAAUAUCGCUGAAGAUCUGGGCUUGGACAUUACAAAACUUUCGGCUCGCAGAUUUCAAACGGUGCCCAACUCGCGGACCCCUUACUUGGACCUCAACCUGGAAACCGGGGUGCUGUACGUGAACGAGAAGAUCGACCGCGAGCAAAUCUGCAAGCAGAGCCCCUCCUGCGUCCUGCACCUAGAGGUCUUCCUGGAGAAUCCCCUGGAACUGUUCCGGGUGGAGAUUGAGGUGCUGGACAUAAAUGACAACCCCCCUUCUUUCCCAGAGCCGGACCUGACGGUGGAAAUCUCUGAGAGCGCCACGCCGGGUACCCGCUUCCCUUUGGAGAGCGCCUUCGACCCAGACGUGGGCACCAACUCCUUGCGCGACUACGAGAUCACCCCCAACAGCUACUUCUCCCUGGUAUAUAUUCAUGGCAACCAGAAAAACGAUAACAAAAUGUAGGAGUAGAGUAUUUGUUUACUUAUAAAUAAUAACUUUCAAUGAAAAUAGAUCAACAUUUUUCUCUAAAAAGACAAAAAAUAUGAAUACUUCAGAAUAAAAAUGAGACAUGGAGGGGGAGGAGGCGGGGGAGUGGGCCUGCCCCCCCAGCAGCAGCGCACCGGCACGGCCCUACUCACUAUCCGAGUGCUGGACUCCAAUGACAACGUGCCGGCUUUCGACCAGCCCGUCUACACUGUGUCCCUACCGGAGAACUCGCCCCCGGGCACGUUAGUGAUCCAGCUCAACGCCACGGACCCUGACGAGGGCCAGAACGGAGAGGUCGUGUACUCCUUCAGCAGCCACAUUUCGCCCCGGGCUCGGGAGCUCUUUGGACUCUCGCCGCGCACCGGCAGGCUGGAGGUGAGCGGUGAGCUGGACUAUGAAGAGAGCCCGGUGUACCAGGUGUAUGUGCAAGCCAAGGACCUGGGCCCCAACGCCGUGCCUGCGCACUGCAAGGUGCUGGUGCGAGUGCUGGAUGCCAACGACAACGCGCCGGAGAUCAGCUUCAGCACCGUGAAGGAGGCGGUGAGCGAGGGCGCGGCGCCCGGCACCGUGGUGGCUCUGUUCAGCGUGACGGACCGCGACUCGGAGGAGAACGGGCAGGUGCAGUGCGAGCUGCUGGGGGACGUGCCCUUCCGCCUCAAGUCUUCCUUUAAGAAUUACUACACCAUUGUGACGGAGGCCCCCCUGGACCGAGAGGCCGGGGACUCCUACACGCUGACCGUGGUGGCCCGGGACCGGGGCGAGCCGGCGCUCUCCACCACUAAGUCGAUCCAGGUGCAAGUGUCAGAUGUGAACGACAACGCGCCGCGCUUCAGCCAGCCGGUCUACGACGUGUAUGUGACCGAAAACAACGUGCCGGGCGCCUACAUCUACGCGGUGAGCGCCACAGAUCGCGACGAGGGGGCCAACGCCAAGAUAGAAUACUCUAUCCUCGAGUGCCAGAUCCAGGGCAUGAGCGUUUUCACCUACGUGUCCAUCAACUCUGAGAAUGGCUACCUGUACGCCCUGCGAUCCUUCGACUACGAGCAGCUUAAGGACUUCAGCUUUCAGGUGGAAGCCCGGGACGCCGGCAGCCCCCAGGCGCUGGCGGGGAAUGCCACCGUCAACAUCCUCAUAGUGGAUCAGAACGACAACGCCCCUGCCAUCGUGGCGCCCUUACCCGGGCGCAACGGGACUCCAGCCCGCGAGGUGCUGCCCCGCUCGGCGGAGCCAGGUUACCUGCUCACUCGCGGCGGGUCAGGGGAGCACCAGCGCCCCAGCCGCUCCGGCGGCGGGGAGACCUCUCUGGACCUCACCCUCAUCCUCAUCAUAGCGCUGGGCUCGGUGUCCUUCAUCUUCCUGCUGGCCAUGAUCGUGCUGGCUGUUCGCUGCCAAAAAGAGAAAAAGCUCAAUAUCUACACGUGUCUCGCCAGCGACUGCUGCCUCUGCUGUUGCUGCUGUGGCAGCGGGGGGUCGACCUGCUGUGGCCGCCAAGCCCGAGGGCGCAAGAAAAAACUCAGCAAGUCGGACAUUAUGCUGGUGCAGAGCUCCAAUGUCCCGAGCAACCCGGCCCAGGUGCCUGUGGAGGAGUCCGGGGGCUUUGGCUCUCACCAUCACAACCAGAAUUACUGCUACCAGGUCUGCCUGACCCCAGAGUCCGCGAAGACAGAUCUGAUGUUCCUGAAGCCCUGCAGCCCUUCCAGGAGUGCGGACACUGAGCACAAUCCCUGCGGGGCCAUCGUCACAGGCUACACCGACCAGCAGCCCGACAUCAUCUCCAACGGAAGCAUUUUGUCCAACGAGACUAAACACCAGCGAGCAGAGCUCAGCUAUCUAGUUGACAGACCUCGCCGAGUUAACAGUUCUGCAUUCCAGGAAGCGGACAUAGUAAGCUCUAAGGAUAGUGGUCACGGGGACAGUGAACAGGGAGACAGUGACCAUGAUGCCACCAACCGCGGCCAGUCAGCUGGUAUGGAUCUGUUCUCCAACUGCACUGAAGAAUGUAAAGCACUGGGCCACUCAGAUCGGUGCUGGAUGCCUUCUUUUGUCCCUUCCGAUGGACGCCAGGCUGCUGAUUACCGCAGCAAUCUGCAUGUUCCCGGCAUGGACUCUGUUCCUGACACCGAGGUGUUUGAAACUCCAGAAGCCCAGCCUGGGGCAGAGCGCUCUUUCUCCACCUUCGGCAAAGAGAAGGCCCUGCACAGCACUCUGGAGAGGAAGGAGCUGGACGGACUGCUGUCUACUACACGAGCGCCUUACAAACCACCGUAUUUGAAAAUGUUGUGGAGGCAUCUGCGUGGAGAGGCCUGCGUGGCAAGGGAUGGAGCCCAGUCAACAAACACAUGAGUGAGCACAGAAGCAGUCUCCCAAGUCGCGCAUUUGGAUAAGACCUCAGCUCCUGCCAACAGCUUGUCUGCGGCCCCAGGAGAGACCUUAACCAGAGGCACAGCUAAGCUGAGCUAAAAUUUCUGAACCCUACAAACUGUGAGAUAAAUGUUUGUGGAUUAAGCUGCUAUGCUACGGGGAAUAUUGUUAUGCAGCAACAGAUAACUAAUACAAUAUAUAAUUCUGAAUCCUAUUGUGUGUUACAGUAGUAUGAAGAACUGAUUUUUUUUUUAGUGUGAUAUUGUCACUGUCUCAAACUAUAUGAAUAAUAUGCACUCUUUUCUUCUCAAAUCUCUUCAAUUUUCAGUUCUCCUUUACUUUCCUCUACCUCACAAAUAAUC